CAGAAACCGCUUUAAUAUCAACAACCACAGAUAUUUCCGCAUCUACAGAAACACCUACCAUGCCGUCAACAUCAACCACAGUUCCUUUAACAACGGAGACCACACAAGUCUCAACAACAGCAGAAUCUACAACAUCAGAAACAACAACCAUUACUUUAAGUACAAGUUCAGAAACAAUACCCUCAUCAACUGAAAGUACAUCAAUAACUACAGAGACCACAGUUCCCUCAACAGCUGAAACCACACAGGCCUCAACAACCACAGAAUUAAUAACAUCAGAAGCAACAACCGUUCCUUCAAGUACAACUUCAGAAACAACAGUACCCUCAACAACUGAAACUACCCAGACAUCAACAACCACAGAGACCACAUUUUCCUCAACAAAUGAGAUUACGCAGGCGGCAACAAUAACUACAGAAACACUUAGCGUGCCUUCAACAUCAACCAUAGUUCCUUUAACAACUGAGACCACACAAGUCUCAACAAAAACAGAAUCUACAACAUCAGAAACAACAACUGUUGCUUUAAGUACAGAAAGUUCAGAAACAACAAUACCCUCAACAACUGAAAGUACAUCAGUAACUACAGAAACAACAGGACCCUCAACAACUGAAACUACCAAGACAUCAACAACCACAGAGACCACAUUUUCCUCAACAACUGAGACUACACAAGCCGCAACAACAACUACAGAAACACUUAGCGUGCCUUCAACAUCAACCACAGUUCCUUUAACAGCAGAAUCUACAACAUUAGAAACAACAACAGUUCCUUCAAGUACAACUUCAGAAACAACAGUACCCUUGACAAUUGAAACUACCCAGACAUCAACAACCAUAGAGACCACAUUUCCCUCAACAACUGAGACUACACAGGCCACAGCAACAACAAUCGAAACACUUAGCAUUCCUUUAACAUCAACCACAGUCCCUUUAACAAAUGAGACCACACAAGUCUCAACAACAGAAUCUACAACAUCAGAAACAACAACCGUUGCUUUAAGUACAAGUUCAGAAAUAACAAUACCCUCAACAACUGAAAGUACAUCAAUAACUGAAGAGACCACAGUUCCCUUAACAGCUGAAACUACACAAGCCUUCACAACCACAGAAUUAAUAACAUCAGAAGCAACAACAGUUCCUUCAAGUACAACUUUAGAAACAACAGUACCCUUGACAAUUGAAACUACCCAUACAUCAACAACCAUAGAGACCACAUUUCCCUCAACAACUGAGACUACACAGGCCACAACAACAGCUACAGCAACACUUAGUGUGCCUUCAACAUCAACCACAGUUCCUUUAACAACUGAGACCACACAAUUCACAACAACAACAGAAUAUACAACAUCAGAAACAACAACUGUUGCUUCAAGUACAAGUUCAGAAACAACAAUACCUUCAACAACUGAAAGUACAUCAAUAACUACAGAGACCACAGUUCCCUCAACAGCUGAAACCACACAGGCCUCAACAACCAAAGAAUUAAUAACAUCAGAAGCAACAACUGUUCCUUCAAGUACAACUUCAGAAACAACAGUACCCUCAACAUCUGAAACUACCCAGACAUCAACAACCACAGAGACCACAUUUCCCUCAACAACUGAGACUACACAGGCCACAACAACAGCUACAGAAACACUUAGUGUGCCUUCAACAUCAACCACAGUUCCUUUAACAACUGAGACCACACAAUUCACAACAACAACAGAAUCUACAACAUCAGAAACAACAACUGUUGCUUCAAGUACAAGUUCAGAAACAACAAUACCUUCAACAACUGAAAGUACAUCAAUAACUACAGAGACCACAGUUCCCUCAACAGCUGAAACCACACAGGCCUCAACAACCAAAGAAUUAAUAACAUCAGAAGCAACAACUGUUCCUUCAAGUACAACUUCAGAAACAACAGUACCCUCAACAUCUGAAACUACCCAGACAUCAACAACCACAGAGACCACAUUUCCCUCAACAACUGAGACUACACAGGCCACAACAACAGCUACAGAAACACUUAGUGUGCCUUCAACAUCAACAACAAUUUCUUUAACAACUGAGACCACACAAGUCUCAACAACAGCAGAAUCUACCACAUCAGAAAAAACAACCGAUGCUUCAAGUACAAGUUCAGAAACAACAAUACCCUCAACAACUGAAAGUACAUCAAUAACUACAGAGACCACAGUUCCCUUAACAGCUGAAACUACACAAGCCUUCACAACCACAGAAUUAAUAACAUCAGAAGCAACAACAGUUUCUUCAAGUACAACUUCAGAAACAACAGUACCCUUGACAAUUGAAACUACCCAGACAUCAACAACCAUAGAGACCACAUUUCCCUCAACAACUGAGACUAUACAGGCUACAGCAACAACAAUAGAAACACUUAGCGUGCCUUUUACAUCAACCACAGUCCCUUUAACAACUGAGACCACACAAGUCUCAACAACAGAAUCUACAACAUCAGAAACAACAACUGUUGCUUUAAGUACAAGUUCAGUAAUAACAAUACCCUCAACAACUGAAAGUACAUCAAUAACUGAAGAGACCACAGUUCCCACAACAGCUGAAACCACACAGGCCUCAACAACCACAGAAUUAAUAACAUCAGAAGCAACAACAGUUCCUUCAAGUACAACUUCAGAAACAAUAGUACCAUCGACAACUGAAACUACCCAGACAUCAACAACCACAGAGACCACAUUUCCCGCAACAACUGAGACUACACAGGCUGCAACAACAGCUACAGAAACACUUAGUGUGCCUUCAACAUCAACCACAAUUCCUUUAACAACUGAGACCACACAAGUCUCAACAACAGCAGAAUCUACAACAUCAGAAACAACAACCGUUGCUUCAAGUACAAGUUCAGAAACAAUACCCUCAUCAACUGAAAGUACAUCAAUAACUACAGAGACCACAGUUCCCUUAACAGCUGAAACUACACAAGCCUUCACAACCACAGAAUUAAUAACAUCAGAAGCAACAACAGUUCCUUCAAGUACAACUUCAGAAACAAUAGUACCAUCGACAACUGAAACUACCCAGACAUCAACAACCACAGAGACCACAUUUCCCUCAACAACUGAGACUACACAGGCUGCAACAACACCUACAGAAACACUUAGCGUGCCUUCAACAUCAACCACAGUUCCUUUAAUAACUGAGACCACACAAGUCUUAAUAACAACAGAAUCUACAACAUCAGAAACAACAACCGUUGCUUUAAGUACAAGUUCAGAAACAACAACACCCUCAACAACUGAAAGUACAUCAAUAACUACAGAGACCACAGUUCCCUCAACAGCUGAAACCACACAGGCCUCAACAACCCCAGAAUUUAUAACAUCAGAAGCAACAACAGUUUCUUCAAGUACAACUUCAGAAACAACAGUACCCUUAACAAUUGAAACUACCCAGACAUCAACAACCGCAGAGACCACAUUUCCCUCAACAACUGAGACUACACAGGCCACGACAACAGCUACAGAAACACUUAGCGUGCCUUCAACAUCAACCACAGUUCCUUUAACAACUGAGACCACACAAUUCUCAACAACAACAGAAUCUACAACAUCAGAAAUAACAACUGUUGCUUCAAGUACAAGUUCAAAAACAACAACACCCUCAACAACUGAAAGUACAUCAAUAACUACAGAGGCCACAGUUCCCUCAACAGCUGAAACCACACAGGCCUCAACAACCACAGAAUUAAUAACAUCAGAAGCAACAACUGUUACAUCAACAACCACAGAGACCACAUUUCCCUCAACAACUGAGACUACAGUGGCUGCAACAACACCUACAGAAACACUUAGCGUGCCUUCAACAUCAACCACAGUUCCUUUAAUAACUGAGACCACACAAGUCUUAAUAACAACAGAAUCUACAACAUCAGAAACAACAACCGUUCCUUCAAGUACAAGUUCAGAAACAACAACACCCUCAACAACUGAAAAUACAUCAAUAACUACAGAGACCACAGUUCCCUCAACAGCUGAAACCACACAGGACUCAACAACCCCAGAAUUUAUAAAAUCAGAAACAACAACAGUUUCUUCAAGUACAACUUCAGAAACAACAGUACCCUCGACAAUUGAAACUACCCAGACAUCAACAACCGCAGAGACCACAUUUCCCUCAACAACUGAGACUACACAGGCCACAACAACAGCUACAGAAACACUUAGCAUGCCUUCAACAUCAACCACAGUUCCUUUAACAACUGAGACCACACAAUUCUCAACAACAACAGAAUCUACAACAUCAGAAACAACAACUGUUGCUUCAAGUACAAGUUCAGAAACAACAAUACCCUCAACAACUGAAAUUACAUCAAUAACUACAGAGACCACAUCAAGUACAACUUCAGAAACAACAGUACCCUCAACAUCUGAAACUACCCAGACAUCAACAACCACAGAGACCACAUUCCCCUCAACAACUGAGACUACACAGGCCACAACAACAGCUACAGAAACACUUAGUGUGCCUUCAACAUCAACCACAAUUCCUUUAACAACUGAGACCACACAAGUCUCAACAACAGCAGAAUCUACAACAUCAGAAACAACAACCGUUGCUUCAAGUACAAGUUCAGAAACAACAAUACCCUCAACAACUGAAAGUACAUCAAUAACUACAGAGACCACAGUUCCCUCAACAGCUGAAACCACACAGGCCUCAACAACCACAGAAUUAAUAACAUCAGAAGCAACAACUGUUCCUUCAAGUACAACUUCAGAAACAAUAGUACCAUCGACAACUGAAACUACCCAGACAUCAACAACCACAGAGACCACAUUUCCCUCAACAACUGAGACUACAGUGGCUGCAACAACACCUACAGAAACACUUAGCGUGCCUUCAACAUCAACCACAGUUCCUUUAAUAACUGAGACCACACAAGUCUUAAUAACAACAGAAUCUACAACAUCAGAAACAACAACCGUUCCUUCAAGUACAAGUUCAGAAACAACAACACCCUCAACAACUGAAAAUACAUCAAUAACUACAGAGACCACAGUUCCCUCAACAGCUGAAACCACACAGGACUCAACAACCCCAGAAUUUAUAAAAUCAGAAACAACAACAGUUUCUUCAAGUACAACUUCAGAAACAACAGUACCCUCGACAAUUGAAACUACCCAGACAUCAACAACCGCAGAGACCACAUUUCCCUCAACAACUGAGACUACACAGGCCACAACAACAGCUACAGAAACACUUAGCAUGCCUUCAACAUCAACCACAGUUCCUUUAACAACUGAGACCACACAAUUCUCAACAACAACAGAAUCUACAACAUCAGAAACAACAACUGUUGCUUCAAGUACAAGUUCAGAAACAACAAUACCCUCAACAACUGAAAUUACAUCAAUAACUACAGAGACCACAGUUCCCUCAACAGCUGAAACCACACAGGCCUCAGAAACUACCCAGACAUCAACAACCACAGAGACCACAUUUCCCUCAACAACUGAGACUACACAGGCUGCAACAACACCUACAGAAACACUUAGCGUGCCUUCAACAUCAACCACAGUUCCUUUAAUAACUGAGACCACACAAGUCUUAAUAACAACAGAAUCUACAACAUCAGAAACAACAACCGUUGCUUUAAGUACAAGUUCAGAAACAACAACACCCUCAACAACUGAAAGUACAUCAAUAACUACAGAGACCACAGUUCCCUCAACAGCUGAAACCACACAGGCCUCAACAACCCCAGAAUUUAUAACAUCAGAAGCAACAACAGUUUCUUCAAGUACAACUUCAGAAACAACAGUACCCUCAACAAUUGAAACUACCGAGACAUCAACAACCGCAGAGACCACAUUUCCCUCAACAACUGAAACUACACAGGCCACAACAACAGCUACAGAAACACUUAGCGUGCCUUCAACAUCAACCACAGUUCCUUUAACAACUGAGACCACACAAUUCUCAACAACAACAGAAUCUACAAAAUCAGAAACAACCACUGUUGCUUCAAGUACAAGUUCAGAAACAACAAUACCCUCAACAACUGAAAGUACAUCAAUAACUAUAGAGACCACAGUUCCCUCAACAGCUGAAACCACACAGUCAAGUACAACUUCAGAAACAACAGUACCCUCAACAUCUGAAACUACCCAGACAUCAACAACCACAGAGACCACAUUCCCCUCAACAACUGAGACUACACAGGCCACAACAACAGCUACAGAAACACUUAGUGUGCCUUCAACAUCAACCACAAUUCCUUUAACAACUGAGACCACACAAGUCUCAACAACAGCAGAAUCUACAACAUCAGAAACAACAACCGUUGCUUCAAGUACAAGUUCAGAAACAACAAUACCCUCAACAACUGAAAGUACAUCAAUAACUACAGAGACCACAGUUCCCUCAACAGCUGAAACCACACAGGCCUCAAUGACCACAGAAUUAAUAACAUCAGAAGCAACAACAGUUCCUUCAAGUACAACUUCAGAAACAACAGUACCCUCGACAUCUGAAACUACCCAGACAUCAACAACCACAGAGACCACAUUUCCCUCAACAACUGAGACUACACAGGCCACAACAACAGCUACAGAAACACUUAGCAUGCCUUUAACAUCAACCACAGUCCCUUUAACAACUGAGACCACACAAGUCUCAACAACAGAAUCUACAACAUCAGAAACAACAACCAUUGCUUUAAGUACAAGUUCAGAAACAACAAUACCCUCAACAACUGAUAGUACAUCAAUAACUAAAGAGACCACGGUUCCCUCAACAGCUGAAACCACACCGGCCUCAACAACCACAGAAUUAAUAACAUCAGAAGCAACAACACUUCCUUCAAGUACAACUUCAGAAACAACAGUACCCUCAACAUUUGAAACUACCCAGACAUUAAUAACCACAGAUACCACAUUUCCCUCAACAACUGAGAUUACACAGGCUGCAACAACAGCUACAGAAACACUUAGCGUGCCUUCAACUUCAACCACAGUUCCUUUAACAACUGAGACCACACAAGCCUUAAUAACACCAGAAUCUACAACAUCAGAAACAACAACCGUUGCUUUAAGUACAAGUUCAGAAACAACAACACCCUCAACAACUGAAAGUACAUCAAUAACUACAGAGACCACAGUUCCCUCAACAGCUGAAACCACACAGGCCUCAACAACCCCAGAAUUUAUAACAUCUGAAGCAACAACAGUUCCUUCAAGUACAACUUUAGAAACAACAGUACCCUUGACAAUUGAAACUACCCAGACAUCAACAACCAUAGAGACCACAUUUCCCUCAACAACUGAGACUACACAGGCUACAGCAACAACAAUAGAAACACUUGGCGUGCCUUUUACAUCAACCACAGUCCCUUUAACAACUGAGACCACACAAGUCUCAACAACAGAAUCUACAACAUCAGAAACAACAACUGUUGCUUUAAGUACAAGUUCAGUAAUAACAAUACCCUCAACAACUGAAAGUACAUCAAUAACUGAAGAGACCACAGUUCCCUCAACAGCUGAAACCACACAGGCCUCAACAGCCACAGAAUUAAUAACAUCAGAAGCAACAACAGUACCUUCAAGUACAACUUCAGAAACAAUAGUACCAUCGACAACUGAAACUACCCAGACAUCAACAACCACAGAGACCACAUUUCCCUCAACAACUGAGACUACACAGGCUGCAACAACAGCUACAGAAACACUUAGCGUGCCUUCAACAUCAACCACAGUUCCUUUAAUAACUGAGACCACACAAGUCUUAAUAACAACAGAAUCUACAACAUCAGAAACAACAACUGUUGCUUCAAGUACAAGUUCAGAAACUACAACACCCUCAACAACUGAAAGUACAUCAAUAACUACAGAGACCACAGUUCCCUCAACAGCUGAAACCACACAGGCCUCAACAACCCCAGAAUUUAUAACAUCAGAAGCAACAACAGUUUCUUCAAGUACAACUUCAGAAACAACAGUACCCUCAACAAUUGAAACUACCCAGACAUCAACAACCACAGAGACCACAUUUCCCUCAACAACUGAGACUACACAGGCCACAACAACAGCUACAGAAACACUUAGCGUGCCUUCAACACCAACCACAAUUCCUUUAACAACUGAGACCACACAAGUCUCAACAACAGCAGAAUCUACAACAUCAGAAACAACAACCGUUGCUUCAAGUACAAGUUCAGAAACAACAGUACCCUCAACAACUGAAAGUACAUCAAUAACUACAGAGACCACAGUUCCCUCAACAGCUGAAACCACACAGGCCUCAAUAACCACAGAAUUACUAACAUCAGAAGCAACAACAGUUCCUUCAAGUACAACUUCAGAAACAACAGAACCCUCGACAUCUGAAACUACCCAGACAUCAACAACCACAGAGACCACAUUUCCCUCAACAACUGAGACUACACAGGCCACAACAACAGCUACAGAAACACUUAGCAUGCCUUUAACAUCAACCACAGUCCCUUUAACAACUGAGACCACACAAGUCUCAACAACAGAAUCUACAACAUCAGAAACAACAACCAUUGCUUUAAGUACAAGUUCAGAAAUAACAAUACCCUCAACAACUGAUAGUACAUCAAUAACUAAAGAGACCACGGUUCCCUCAACAGCUGAAACCACACCGGCCUCAACAACCACAGAAUUACUAACAUCAGAAGCAACAACAGUUCCUUCAAGUACAACUUCAGAAACAACAGUACCCUCAACAUUUGAAACUACCCAGACAUUAAUAACCACAGAUACCACAUUUCACUCAUCAACUGGGACCACACAGGCCUCAACAACCACAGAAUCUUCAACAUUAGAAACUACAACAUUUCCUUUAACUACAUCUUCAGAAACAAUAGUACCCACUACCAUUGAAUCUACACAGUUAUCAACAACUAUAGAGACCACAGGUCCUUUAACAACUGAAAUCACACAAUUCUCAACAACAACAGAAUCUACACCAUUAGAAACAACUGAGAUUACACAGGCUGCAACAACAGCUACAGAAACACUUAGCGUGCCUUCAACUUCAACCACAGUUCCUUUAACAACUGAGACCACACAAGCCUUAAUAACACCAGAAUCUACAACAUCAGAAACAACAACCGUUGCUUUAAGUACAAGUUCAGAAACAACAACACCCUCAACAACUGAAAGUACAUCAAUAACUACAGAGACCACAUUUCUCUCAACAGCUGAAACCACACAGGCCUCAACAACCCCAGAAUUUAUAACAUCUGAAGCAACAACAGUUUCUUCAAGUACAACUUCAGAAACAACAGUACCCUCAACAAUUAAAACUACCCAGACAUCUACAACCACAGAGACCACAUUUCACUCAUCAACUGAGACCACACAGGCCUCAACAACCACAGAAUCUUCAACAUUAGAAACUACAGCAUUUCCUUUAACUACAUCUUCAGAAACAAUAGUACCCACUACCAUUGAAUCUACACAGUUAUCAACAACUAUAGAGACCACAGGUCCUUUAACAACUGAAAUCACACAAUUCUCAACAACAACAGAAUCUACACCAUUAGAAACAAUAACAGUUGGUUUGAGUACAAGUGCAGAAAAUACAGUACCCUCAACAACUGAAAGUACUCAGGCAGCAAUAACUUCAGAGACCACAGUUCCAUCAACAACUGAGACCACACAGGUUUCAAGAACAACAGAAUCAGCAUCUUCACAAAGAAUUGAAUUUUCUUCAAGUACAAUUUCAGUUCCUUUAACAAUUGAAACAACACAAGCCUCAACAACAGUAGAAUCUGCAACAUCAGAAACAACAACAGUUGCUGUGAGUACAAGUUCAGAAGCAACUGUACCCUCUACAACUGAAACUCCCCAGACAUCAACAACUACAGAGACCACAGUUUAUUCAACUCUGACCAUGGAAACAUCAAUUCCUUUCAGUACAACUUUAGAAAUUACAGUACCCUCCACAACCCUAACCACCCAGGCAUCAAUAACUACAGAUACCACAAUUCCUUCAUCAACUGGCAGCACACAGGCCUUAGCAACCACAGAAUCAACAUCAGAAACAACAAUAGUUUCUUCAAGUGCAUAUUCAGAAUCCACAGUUCCUUCAACAAUUGAAACAACUCAGAUAUCAACAACUGCAGAGACCACAGUUCCCUCAACAACUGAGACCACACAGGUAUCAACAACCAAAGAAUUUACAUCAGCAACAACUGUUCUUUUAAGUAGAACUUCAGAAGUAACGGCACCCUCAACAUCCGAAACUACCCAGGUAUCAACAAUUACAGAGACCACAGUUGCUCCAACAACUGUGAGAACACAGGCUUUAGCAACCACAGAGUCUAUAACAUCAGAAACAACAAUAGUUCCUUCAAGUACAACUUCAGAAGUAACGGCUUCUAUAGCAUUAACUACAGCAGCAUUUCCAGUGACUGGAACAGCAGUUACAAGCUCCGCAGCAGAAACUCAAACGCCAUUAGUUUUAUUUUCAACUGCAGGGACUACAUCUGGAUUAACAACAGCGGUGACUGGAACAACAAUUACAAGCUCCACAGCAGAAACUCAAACACCGUUAGUUUUAUUUUCAUCAACUGCAGGGACUACAUCUGGAUUAACAACAGCGGUGACUGGAACAACACCUGUUACAAGUUCUGCAGUGGAAACUCAAACACCAUUAGCUUCAUUUUCAACAGCUGCAGGGACUACAUCUGGAUUUACAACAACAGAGACAGGAACAACACCUGUUUCAAGUUCAGCAAUGGAAACAUCUUCAUCUGCAUCAUCUGUUACAAUGACUACACCUGGGAUUACAGCAGUGGAAACCAUAUCUAACUCAACAACUACAGAUAUUUCGGCAACUUCAAAAACACCCAGCGUUGCUUCAACAUCAACCAUUUCUCCAACUGCUAUGGAAACCACAUCAUCAGCAAGUGAAACAAUGUUAGUGACUUUAGUGACAACAAAAACUACACUAGCCUUAACAGCUACAGAAAGUGCAAUAGCAGAAGUUUCUACAACCAACACUGCUGAAACCACAGUUUUAUCAGCAGCUGUAACUACAGAAUCUAAAACAGCAGGUCCCUCAACAGCUAAAAAUACACAGACCUCAGAAGCCUCAACAAACAGAGAGUCUACAACAGUGUUUUUUACAGCAUCAGAAGCAGUUACAUCAGAAACAACUUCUUUAAGCACAACUAUGGAAACAAGUGCAUUAACAACUGAAAUCACUGAGGCCUCAACAACCACAGCACCAGCAACAGCCAUUUCAACAAUAUCUGAAACAGCAGUUCCUUCUGUUAUAACUGUAUUACCCUCAACCACUACCCAUGCCUCAACAUCCACACAGACAACAGCUCCACCUACAGAAGUGACAUUAACAACUUUGGAAUCAGUUUCAUUAACCACUUCAAUGAUAUCUGGAACAACAACAAUUCCUUCAGGUGCAAAUUCAGUAGCCUCAACAACUGAAAUGACAGAGGGUCCAACUACAGAACAAGCAACAGUUGAAACUACACAAGCCUUGCUAGCCACAAGUUCAUCAAUAAUUAAAACAAUGCAGACCUCAACAACUACAGAGUUGGAAUCAACAGCAGUAGUUUCUACAGUUAAAACAACAGUAAUGGCUCCAUCAAGCACAACUGCAGAAACCACAACACCAACAUCAGCCAUUUCACCAAUAUCUAAAACAACAGUUCCUUCAGGCACAAAUUCAGUACCCUCAACAACUGAAACUACACAUUCCUCAACAUACACAGAGACAACAACCCCAUCAACAGCAGUGACCUCAAACACUUUGGAACCAACAGCAGUGGUUUCUACAUUUGAAACAACAAUAACAGUUCCAUCAAGCACAAUGGCAGACACUGCAGUUGCAUCAACAACUGAAACAACAGAGGGCCCAACUACAGAACAAACAACAGUGGUUUUAACAUCAGAAACAACAGUGCUAUCCACAACAUCAGAAGCAACAGUUCCUUCAAGCAAAACUGCAUUAACCACAGUGACAUCAACCUCUAUAGAAUCUCCAACAACAGUUACAUCAGAAAAGACUUAUUUAAGCACAACUACAGAAGCAAGUACAUUAAAAACUGAAAUCACUGAGGCCUCAACAACCACAACACCAGCAACAGCCAUUUCAACAAUAUCUGAAACAGCAGUUCCUUCAGUUAUAACUGCAUUACCCUCAACCACUGAAACUACCCCUGUCUCAACAUCCACACAGACAACAGCUUCACCAACAGAAGUGACAUUAACAACUUUGGAAUCAGUUUCAUUAACCACUUCAAUGAUAUCUGGAACAACAACAAUUCCUUCAGGCACAAAUUCAGUAGCCUCAACAACUGAAACGACAGAGGGUCCAACUACAGAACAAGCAACAGUGGCUUCAACAUCAGAAACAACAACGGUUCCAUCAAACACUUUAGCAAAAGUGACAUCUGUUUUCUUAAGUUCUGAAACAACAAUGAUCCCUUUAAACACUAUUUCAGAAAUCAUAACACCAUCAACAGUUGAAACUACACAAGCCUUGCUAACCACAAGUUCAUUAUUAAUUAAAACAAUGCAGGCCUCAACAACUACAGAGUCUGGAACAGUACUUUUUACAACACUAGAAGCAACAGAAUCACCAACAACAGGUACAUCAGAAACAACUUCUUUAAGCACAGUUACGGAAACAAGCACAUUUUUAACUGAAACCACUGAGGCCUUAACAACCACAGCAUCUGCAACAGCCAUUUCAACAAUAUCUGAAACAACAGUUCCUUCAGUCACAACUACAUUACCCUCAAGCACUGAAACUAUUUAUGCUUUAACAUCUACAGAGGCAACAGGUCCAUUAACAGGUCCAUCAAAAGCAGUGACAUUUACAACAUUGGAAUCAACAGCAGUAGUUUCUACAGCUAAAACAACAGUAAUGGCUCCAUCAAGCACAAUUGCAGAAACCACAGCACCAACAUCAGCCAUUUCACCAAUAUCUGAAACAACAGUUCCUUCAGGUACAAAUUCAGUACCCUCAACAACUGAAGCUACACAUACCUCAACGUACACAGAGACAACAACCCCAUCAACAGCAGUGACCUCAAACACUUUGGAACCAUCAGCAGUGGUUUCUACAUUUGAAACAACAAUAACAGUUCCAUCAAGCACAAUGGCAGACACUGCAGUUGCAUCAACAACUGAAACAACAGAGGGCCCAACUACAGAACAAACAACAGUGGUUUUAACAUCAGAAACAACAGUGCUAUCCACAACAUCAGAAGCAACAGUUCCUUCAAGCAAAACUGCAGUAACCACAUUGAAAUCAACCUCUAUAGAAUCUCCAACAACAGUUACAUCAGAAACAACUUUUUUAAGCACAACUUCAGAAGCAAGUACAUUAAAAACUGAAAUCACUGAGGCCUCAACAACCACAGCACCAGCAACAGCCAUUUCAACAAUAUCUGAAACAGCAGUAACUUCAGUUAUAAUUGCAUUACCCUCAACCACUGAAACUGCCCAUGCCUCAACAUCCACACAGACAACAGCUCCACCUAAAGAAGUGACAUUAACAACUUUGGAAUCAGUUUCAUUAACCACUUCAAUAAUAUCUGGAACAACAACAAUUCCUUCAGGCGCAAAUUCAGUAGCCUCAGCAACUGAAACGACAGAGGGUCCAACUACAGAACAAGCAACAGUGGCUUCAACAUCAGAAACAACAACGGUCCCAUCAAACACUUUAGCAAAAGUGACAUCUGUUUUCUUAAGUUCUGAAACAACAAUGAUCCCUUUAAACACUAUUUCAGAAAUCAUAACACCAUCAACAGUUGAAACUACACAAGCCUUGCUAACCACAAGUUCAUCAAUAAUUAAAACAAUGCAGGCCUCAACAGCUACAGAGUCUGGAACAGUACCUUUUACAAAAUUAGAAGCAACAGAAUCACCAACAACAGGUACAUCAGUAACAACUUCUUUAAGCACAGUUACGGAAACAAGCAUAUUUUUAACUGAAACCACUGAGGCCUUAACAACCACAGCACCUGCAACAGCCAUUUCAACAAUAUCUGAAACAACAGUUCCUUCAGUCACAACUACAUUACCCUCAAGCACUGAAACUAUUUAUGCUUUAACAUCUACAGAGGCAACAGGUCCAUUAACAGGUCCAUCAAAAGCAGUGACAUUUACAACAUUGGAAUCAACAGCAGUAGUUUCUACAGCUAAAACAACAGUAUUGGCUCCAUCAAGCACAAUUGCAGAAACCACAGCACCAACAUCAGCCAUUUCACCAAUAUCUGAAACAACAGUUCCUUCAGGUACAAAUUCAGUACCCUCAACAACUGAAGCUACACAUACCUCAACGUACACAGAGACAACAACCCCAUCAACAGCAGUGACCUCAAACACUUUGGAACCAACAGCAGUGGUUUCUACAUUUGAAACAACAAUAACAGUUCCAUCAAGCACAAUGGCAGACACUGCAGUUGCAUCAACAACUGAAACAACAGAGGGCCCAACUACAGAACAAACAACAGUGGUUUUAACAUCAGAAACAACAGUGCUAUCAACAACAUCAGAAACAACAGUUCCUUCAAGUAAAACUGCAGUAACCACAGUGACAUCAACCUCUAUAGAAUCUCCAACAACAGAAACAACUUAUUUAAGCACAACUUCAGAAGCAAGUACAUUAAAAACUGAAAUCACUGAGGCCUCAUUAACCACAGCACUUGCAACAAUCGUUUCAAUAUCUGAAACAACAGUUUCUUCAGUUACAAUUUCAUUACCCUCGGCCACUGAAACUACUUAUGCCUCAACGAUUUCAUCAACAACUAAGACCGCAGAGGGUCCAACUUCAGAACAAUUAACAGUGGUUUCAACAUCAGAAACAACAUCAGUUCCAUCAAGCACAGCUAUAGAAACAACAUCAGAAGAAACAAGUUCUUCAACCCUAACUGCAGAAACCACAGUUCCUUCAGCUACUGAAACUAAAAUGGCAUCAACCACUACAGUAUCUCCAAUGGUGGUUCCAUCAGAAACAACUCUUUUGAGCACAUCUACAACUCUUUUGAGCACAAAUUUAACUACGUUAAGAACAGUUCCUUCAAGUACAAUUGCAGAAACAACAGUUCCUUUAACACGUGAAACUGCACAGGCCUUGACAACAACAGAAAAUACAGUUCCAUCAGUUAUGAAAACCACAGAGGCUUUAACAAAUAUACAUCCUGCAUUGGUUUCCACAACAUCUGAGAAAUCAACAGUCCCUUUAAUCAGUCUAACCACAGAGCCAUCAGGAACUAUACAAACUUCAGCAUUAGAAACUACAGGUGCAUCAACAACUCAGACUACUGGAUCAAAUGAGGCAACAACACUGGAGACAGCAGCUGUUCCUUUGAAUACAACUGUAAUAACCAUAGCAUCUUCAGUAUCUACUGCAUUAACCACACCAACUUUACCAGAAACUACAGCUUUACCCAUUAUAAGUACAGCAGCAGGAUCUCAGGUAUCAUCAACUACUUCAUCAGCUGGAGUUAAUACAACUACCAUCAACACAUUAUCUACAACCGCACCAACAACAACAUUAAUGACUACAGCAGAAACUACAGCUUUACCCAUUGUAAGUACAACACUGGGAACCCAGACAUCAGCUACUUCAUCAGCUGGAGUUAAUACAACUACAAUCAUAACAUUAUCUACACCAACACCAACAAAAGCAGUAACAAGUACAGCAGGAACUACAACUUUACCCAUUGUAAGUACAGCACUGGGAACACAGACAUCAGCUACAUCAUCAGCUGGAGUUAAUACAACUACCAUCACAACAUUAUCUACACCUGCACCAACACAAACAGUAUCAACUACAGCGGGAACUACAGCACUGGGAACUCAGACAUCAGCUGCUUCAUCAGCUGGAGUUAAUACAACUACCAUCACAACAUUAUCUACCCCCACAACAACAAAAGCAGUAACAAGUACAGCGGGAACUACAGCACUGGGAACUCAGACAUCAGCUACUUCAUCAGCUGGAGUUAAUACAACUACCAUCACAACAUUAUCUACACCUGCAACAACACAAACAGUAUCAACUACAGCGGUGGUUGAGCCUCCCGUGAAUGUGGUCACCAAAUCUCCAGUGCAGGCCAUCCAAACAGAAGACAUAACUAUUAAUUGCACCUUCACUAACUUAAUCUAUUCUAAUGAUCUGGGGACACAAAAUUCUGCAAAAUUCAACUCCACUGCUGCUGAUAUCAUUGUCUUGCUGGAUGCAGCCUUCAAGAACAGCACAAUUGCAAGCAUAUAUAGGAACUGUAAAAUUGAUAACUUUAUGCUUGAUUCAUCGGGCACCAAAGUAAAUUCUGUCUGCAGCAUCACCAAACAAGCAACUGGACCCCAGUUUGACAAAGUGGUCUUCUAUGAAGAGCUUGAAGUUAUAACGAAUAAUGUGACACAGUGGGGAAAAUACACACUUAACAAGAAUAGUCUUUAUGUUAAUGGCUACCAGAAACCAAGCACAACAAGUAAGAUUACAAUAUGA